UAUACCUCUCUAUACUCGUAUAAACCUAUUCGUGUUUAUUGAAGCUUUCAGUGAUUUGAACUUCCAAUGAAUUCGCUGACUCGCACCGCCACCUUCACUCAGUCAACGCGAAAAUCUCAAAACGAACGGUUCAUUAUUUACAAACGUGCUUGAUAUAAACUUAACCUUAAGUUUAUAGCUGUUAUAAAAAUAAAAAAAAGAAGAGGUUUAAAUAAAUCAGUUUUCCACCAUCAUCAUCAACCUAGAGAGCGAACACCAUGAUAAAUGGGAAAUUCUUCACGGGUCUCCCGGCAAAUAUGGUCGACCGAAGACCAACUCAAAAUCGUCAGGAAUCGCACUUCUUUUGGCCUGAUGACACACAAAACGUCUCCACAGUCGAUUCGAGGACCAAACGCAGGGCAAGCAUUCAAGCCGAGAAUAGAAAUGGGUACAAUAACAAUACCAGAGGAGAACUAUCGAGUUCUGAUGCAGAGAAUAAGGAACGUUUCAAGAAGGAAUUCACACGGUCCAGCAUUCAAUUCUAUGACAAAGUCGAUGAGACUCCUAUGAGUAGAAAUCGUCAGAAAGUGACAACAGCUCCUCCACCGCCACCACAGAAGCUUCAGAAUGUCAAUCCCCCGGAGAAUAUGUUGGCAAAACGGAAGGAGAAUCUUUCGUCUAAGAUUGAGUUCUUCGACUACGCCGGAGCUGAGGACCUAAAUAAUGUCCCAAAAACUGACAAAAACAACAAGGCCGAGUUGGAAAGAAACACAAAGAACAGCCCGAAGCUGCAGAACAAGAACCUCUCCUUCGAUCAAACUCCCGAUGAAGCUAUAAACUUCAUUGAGAACGAUGUGAGGGAUAUGAGGAUAUCAGCGCCACCUAGGCGGAGGAACACGAUGCGAGACAGCCGUCCCAGAUAUGGUCGGCCUUUGGACCCAGUCGAUCCACUCUAUUCUGACAUCCCCGAUGACUAUAUGCAACCAAGGAGUCGUAGCCGUCCUCUCAACCCUCCGCCCAUUCGCAACAGAUACCCAGAGUCCGAUCCAGAUUUUGAAGACUACUUUCCAAGACGCUCGAAUCCCAGACCCCCGUACUAUGCCCGCGAACCAUUGGACUACGUUGACGGCCAUCCAUCUGUCCGGAACAACUACUACGAAGGGGGAGGCGUUGUGUCUAAAAAACUAGGACGACAGUCGGAAUUCACGUACUCCUCAGCCCACGAGUACAACAGUAAUUACGGAGACUCCCCUCCACCGCCUCCUCCAUCAUCUGCGUCCUCGUCCACACAACAGAGGAUGCCACCACGGAAAGCGCACAUCUUGAAGGUAGACAAUGACAUCAGGAACAAUGAACAGAGACGGAUGAUGAUGCCACCACCACCGUCGUCACCGUCGUCGACGACCACUUCGCAUCCACCACCAUCGCCAUCCACUUCCACACCCCCAAAGCACCACUUGCGGAGCAACAUAUGUUUCAGUGACACUGAAUCAGCACCACCAGCUCCGGCUCGAUCUUCCCGCGGCGGCCCACCACCACCAGCAGCUGCAAAGAGAAACAUCCGAAGCAGCGCUGUGAACCGAGUAAGUGUGGGCUUACCAGAUUAACUAUGAAACGCUCCAGCAACAGCACCGCGCCGAGCCAUUAGAACACCAUCAAUGGGUGUAUAAUUUAUCGAAGCACUUUUCCUGUCGCACCGAGAAUAAUCGCCAUAAAAAUAAAAACAUAAAAUGUUGAAUGAAAAUAUACAAAAUAACAACAACAACAACAAACACUUUUAACUUAAAAGAAGACCUACGUCAGCCAUUUUGUUGUUGUGUUUUUUAAUUAGUUUUAAUUUUAUAUGAAUAGAAAAUAAAAUAUAUUAAGGUGUGAUUGCAAUUUUUGUUCUUGUUGUUGUUGUAACUUUUGUAACCCACGAACGUCAGAGUAAAUAUGGAAUAAUUACACCAUCAGUUAUCCGACUUUAUAA